CAAAUAUUGUAUAAAAAAGGUAAUAAUAUCAAAUCUUUAUUCAAAUUUAAAUGAUUCCUCUUUAUUAUAAAAACAAAAAUAAAAACAGUAUUUAAAUUCAGAUUUAAGAGACCAAAUUGUGUUCCAUUCCACGAAAUACCACUCUUCUUUUUUUUGUUCUAUCAAUCCGGAUUCCGAACGAAUCCUACAAUAGUUAAUCUAAAAUCCUUGCCGUAUUUUCCACAUCUCACCAAAAUCUUUACGCUGAUCCAAGUGAAAGAUGGAUUCCCUUGAUCAAAUGAUGGAAGAUGGUGCUACUUAUUCUCAGGCUGAACCACAAAAACCAGUAUGGUGUGAGAGAAAACAAGCCGUAGUACAAGAAGAAAUAUGGAGAAUGAAUCAAUUACCUGCAAAAAGUACCUAUGUUGCACAUCGUCUAAGGGUUCUUAAUAAAAUUCUGCAACUUAUGUCAGUUCAGAGAACUGUAUCUCAAGAGAAGGAGUUGGAGUUGCUUUUUGCUGGUCUGUCAUUGUGAAAGAAUCAUAAAAUGCAGGGGAUUAGCAGAAGCGUAUUAGCAGAAGCGUAUUAGCGUACUUCCAAUAGUAUAUUUUCCGGAAUUUCGAUAGUACUAUAUUUUAACAUAUUUGAGAAUAUAGAAUGUGGAUCGAGAAACUACCUAUGUAUAUUAAAAGGAGAUUCGCGUUGAAGUUAUUAGUAUUUUCAAGCACCAUUGGUGUUUGUUUUGUA